AUGACUUGCUGGGAGUGUGGCUGUGGAGCUGGUGACUCCGGGUGCUCAGAGUGCGGCGUGUGUCGAGGAUGUGCGGGGGAGGAGGACUGGGGACUCAACCCCAUGGAUGACCUCGAUGACGUCGCCUACGAGAAGGUCCAGGAGGCGAGGGCCAGGCUGGGCCGCGUCCGCGCAGCCGCAAAGAAGGUGAAAGAUCCGAAGAAGAAGAAGAAGAAGGAGGAGGAGAAGGGGAAAGAUGGGAAGGAGGCCAAGGGUGGGAUGGGACUCGGUCUUCUCUUCGGAGGUGUGCAGCGUGAGAUGUCAGUGGAGAGUGUGGGAGGCUCAGUGGAGGACGAGGGAGAGGGGGAAGAAGGAGCGACAGAGAAGGAGGGAGAGAUCUCCACCAGGAAACCGGCCCUGCUGGCUCUGCCAGAUGACCAGACUGUCAUGCAGAUUGACUGCGGGACAUUCCACACUGGUACUGGCUCUAUACAUAGCAUAGGGAAUGUACAGCUCUCCUGCUACACUCUGGAGAUGUGUACAUGUUUGGACACAACAAACACGGACAACUGGGCCAGGGCAACAGCAAAGACUGGUGAAGUGUACACAUUUGGUAAGCACGGAGAACAUCAGCUAGGGAGGUCACCUGAAGGAGAGAGAGGGGCUGGGAAGGACAAGGGGGCGUGGCACAUGACCCCCGGUCCCAUUCCCAGUCUCGGAAACGGCUGCAAGGUGGUAUGGGUCGGAGCCCGCGGCAAUCAAACCUUUGUGGCCGUGAACGAGAGUUUGGUGUCGGACCAGAACCUGGGAAAAUGCAGCGUCUUUGCUGACACCCACACUAUUGGUGAGGGUUGGCUGCUAAAGCAUUGCUAUGUAUGUAGAUGA